AUAAAUUGAAAAUUUUUAAACGUAUCAGUAUUCAAACCAAAAUUUUUUAAUCAAGAAAAUUUCUUUUUACCUUCUGGAAUAGUAGUUGCAAACGAAUUAAUUUACCUGCAGGCAAAAUCAUUUUGAUUUAAACAAUGAUUUACAUCUGUAUUUUACUUUACGCAUUAAUUGCGCCAUUUUCAUACACUUUUGGAAGUGCAGAAGUAUCUAGUGAUCUGACAAUAAAUAUUGGGGGCAAUGAUAAAAUCGAUACUCUGCAGUCUUCAGAUUAUUUUGCCUCUAUAAAUACAAAAGUCUGGUUAGCUGAAAAAGUAGGGAAUAAGUUUAAAUACACUCUACAAGAUGAUAUUAUCAAAAAAGCAAAUGAAACCUUCUAUGAAGAGAAAUUGAAUGAUGAUACUAAUUCAGAAGAUUAUGAAAAUUUUGAUCCUUCUGAUUUUGAAGAAAAUGCAAAAAGUAAUGAAAAACCUAUUCAAAAAAAGAAAGAACCUGAAAUUAAAGAAAAUACGGUAUAUCCAGAAAUUUUGGUCUAUGUUGAUAAAACAAUAUUUGAGCACUUCAACUACGAUAUUGUGAAAACUGUGGCCUAUACAUUAGUUCUUUGGAAUGGAGUGGAUUUUAAAUUUAGACAAAUACCAACUCCAUUAAUUCGCCUUAAAAUUGCUGGAAUUGUUGUGUCAAAGGAUCAACUUCUACCUAAUAAACAAUUUAAACUCAGUAAUGAAGUAUAUGAAGAAUUUGGUAAACAUAUGUUUAGACAUGGGCAGUUUGAAUUUGAAAAACAACAUUACAAUAUUGCUGUUUGGUUAGCUGGAAGUACGAAAUUACCAAAGGGUGAACAAGGCAGAUCAUCGGUGGCUACAGGUUGUGUCAUUGGUAAAAACAAAAAAAUAUUAUGGUCUUCUGCAAUUAUUCAGGAUGAUUUUAAGCUUUCUGGAAUUGCUGCUGCUGCACAUGAAUUAGCUCACUUAUUCGGAUCUGCUAAUGAUGGACAAAAACUUAAAAACUGGCCAGGACCACAUUCAAAAGACUGUCCUACAAGUGAUGGUUACAUUAUGAGCAAUCAAAUAUAUGGAAAAAACGUACAAUUCUUUUCAAGUUGUACAAAAAAUGCAAUUAAAUACUACUUCAGCCAUAAACGUUCCAAAUGCUUCAAAAGUAAUACAUUAACUAAGAAAACUGAAGAACAAGUAUUAAGAAUUUUACCAGGAAAAUAUUUAACAUUAGAUCAACAAUGCGAAAGAGAAGGGUACCAAAAAGCAUUUAAUGUAACUUCAGAAAUUUGCACAAACCUAAAAUGUCUUACGAAGGAAAAUAAUGCAGAGUACAUAAAUGUAACAGCACUUACAGGAACUCCGUGCGACGUUGGAAAAUACUGCAUGAUGGGACAGUGUUUAGACGUAAAAUUUAACAAAAAUAAAGGCGGUGUUAGUUCUGCAAUAUUAUUUCCUGAACCAUAUAAAUUGCCUUUAGAAGAGGUUGAAGUAACAACUCCUGUUGUUGAAGUAACAACACCUGUUGUUGAAGUUACUACUCCUGUUGUUGAAGUAACAACACAUGCUGUUGAAGUUACUACUCCUGUUGUUGAAGUAACAACACCUGUUGUUGAAGUUACUACUCCUGUUGUUGAAGUAACAACACCUGUUGUUGAAGUUACUACUCCUGUUGUUGAAGUAACAACACAUGCUGUUGAAGUAACAACACCUGCUGUUGAAGUUACUACUCCUGUUGUUGAAGUAACAACACCUGUUGUUGAAGUUACUACUCCUGUUGUCGAAGUAACAACACCUGUAGUUGAAGUUACUACUCCUGUUGUUGAAGUAACAACACCUGUUGUUGAAGUUACUACUCCUGUUGUUGAAGUAACAACACCUGUUAUUGAAGUUACUACUCCUGUUGUUGAAGUAACAACACCUGUUGUUGAAGUAACAACACCUGUUGUUGAAGUUACUACUCCUGUUGUUGAAGUUACUACUCCUGUUGUUGAAGUAACAACACCUGUUGUUGAAGUUACUACUCCUGUUGUUGAAGUAACAACACCUGUUGUUGAAGUUACUACUCCUGUUGUUGAAGUAACAACACCUGUUGUUGAAGUUACUACACCUGUUGUUGAAGUAACAACACCUGUUUUUGAAGUUACUACUCCUGUUGUUGAAGUAACAACACCUGUUGUAGAAGUUACAACACCUGUUGUAGAAGUUACAACACCUUUUGUAGAAGUUACAACACCUGUUGUUAAAGUAACAACUCCCAAUCCGAAAAUAGGAAAAGAAGAUGAUGAAAUUUCUGAUAGUUUAAAAUUAGCAGAUGCUACAUGUAAAAAAUUGGGAACUAUGGGUGUUGCAAGAAACUAUACAAAUGAAUGUGUUUUCCAUUGCCAUGUGCGUCAUAGUGGAUUUGAAGAUACCUUAACGAUUCAAACAAUAAAUGCUCCAACUGGAACAAAAUGCUCUGUUAAUUCUCAUUGUGAAAAGGGACGUUGUGUGAAAAAUGUGGAAGAAAAACCAAAAGUUGUUCCUGUGAGUCCUGAUUUUAAAUUAGCUGAUGAAGAAUGUAAAAAAGCUGGUACUUAUGGUGCUUUUAAUGUCUCUCAAAAUCAAUGUAUAUUAAAUUGCAAAGUGGCUAAGAGUUUCUAUAAGAAUCUAGUUAUGGGACAACAGAUACCUGAGAGUUUUACACCUCAAACAGUGAAUGCUCAAAAUGGAUUAGCAUGCGGUGAAAAAAGCCAUUGUGAAAAUGGUCAAUGUGUAUUAAAUCAUAACACAAAUUCACUUUUAAAUCAUCAAUUCGAAUGGGCUGAGCAACAUUGUAAAAACAGUGGAUUUUUAGGUGCUUUAAAAGUUUCUGCUCAUGAUUGUAUUUUGAAGUGCAAGAUGCCUGUUUAUAGUUUAUCCGAUUACUUUUCGCCACAAAAAACUUGUCAGGUUUCAAUUUACCCAAUGGCUGCUCCAAAUAAAUUCCCAUGCAGUUAUAAGGGGGUGUGUUUGAACAACAUUUGUGUGCAAGUUGCCUAGAAUAGUUAACAAUUAUAUUGUACCAAUUAUGAGGAAAAGUAACCAAAAACUUUUAAUCAAUCUUAGCUUGAAAAAGUUGUAAUUUUUCAAUAAAGUUAAAUAGAAAUGUAAAAUUAUUCUUAUUUUAUUGUAAUUGUUUUUAAGUGUGAAAUAUUUUUGACCAGAGUAUAGAAAAAAUUAGAGAAAUAAAAAAAAAAUCAUGUGUGUAUUUAUGAUGAAAUCAAUGUUUAUGUUUACAAAAUUUUUUGUGUACUAUAAAAUUUAUUUAUACAAAAUUAAAUAAAAUCUUUAUAAUCUUCAAA